AUGUCACCGGAAGUAGUCACUCCGGUAGGUAGGUUAAGGGGAAACUUAAAGCAUUGGAAGGAGGCAUGUUCUAAUGAAUAUAUUAUUGAUGUUAUAGACAAAGGCUAUAAACUUCCUUUUAUGAAUUUUCCUGCUACUACUGAAAUUAAGAAUAACAGUUCUGCUUUAGAGAAUUCUACCUUUGUCACUGCAGAAAUCCAAAAUUUGGUGGCUAAAGGGUGUGUUUCUGAAGUACAGUCGGUUCCGUUAGUUGUUAACCCGUUGACUGUAGCUUUUAAUCGUUCAGGUAAAGCCAGACUGGUACUUGAUUGCAGACAUGUAAAUCCGGUUUUAUUUAAAUCACAAAGUCGGUACGAAGACCAGUCUGUUGCUAGGCAACUUUUUCAUAAAGGUGAUUAUGUGUUUUCGUUUGACAUUAAAAGUGCAUACCACCAUAUAAUGAUCGAUCGGUCACAUAGGACAUAUUUAGGUUUUCAUUGGACACAAAAUGGUCACAAAAAGUAUUAUGUGUUCAACGUUUUGCCUUUUGGGAUAUCCACAGCAGGAUAUAUUUUUACAAAGGUUUUGAGGGUACUUGUAGAAAAAUGGCGUAGCUUGGGUUUAAGAGUCGUAUUAUUUUUAGAUGACGGCCUUGGUGGCAAUCACACUUUCGCUGAAGCUUUGAGAGAUAGUUCUUUCAUUAGACAAGACUUGAUAGAUUUUGGGUUCUUGAUAGCGGAUGAAAAAUGCAACUGGCAACCUUGUUUAUUUUUAACAUGGCUAGGUUACUUCUGGGACAUGGAACAGGGAAUUUUGAGAGUAACGGAGGAUAGAUUAGAAAGAGCUUUUCAGCUUAUAGAACAACUUGUUUUGAAAGUUAGUACAGGACAAGUUUUCAUUCCAGUCCGUAUGUUGGCAUGUUUAACAGGCCAGUUAUUGUCUAUGCAAUGUGUAUUAGGUCCAGUUGUCCGUUUAAAGUCAAGGUCACUUUAUCAGUGUAUACAAUCCAAGGCAAGUUGGAACGCACCUGUUAAGGUUUCGUCCGAGGUUUUAUCGGAAUUGAUUUUUUGGAAGGAAAAUUUGAGGUCACUGAACAUGUGUAGUUUUGGACAGAUGGAGAGCGUUGAUAACGCAAGCGUCUCCGUUGACGUCAUUGGUGUAAAAAACGUCUUUGUUGACGCCAGUGGAUCUGGAUUUGGUAGUUAUGUUGAUGGAAUUGACGAUAGUCAAUUUUUUGGCAACAUGGUCCGAAUCUGA